AUGUACAGCCAGCGGUUUGGCAUCGUGCAGCGGGAGGUUAAGGGCCCCACUCCCAAAGUGGUGAUGGUGAGAGCCAAGCCUCCCGAAGGCCAAAAGGCUGACCAACAGCUGGAGAGAAUCCUACGCAGCUAUCAGAAGCAUCAUGCUAUUUUGAAUUCCAUUAAGUCCUUAGAGCGGCAUCGCUUGAAAGUUGACUGGUUCCAGCGCAAUGACCGCAGAUUUGUGGACAGUCUUGUGAAAACGAGAAUAAAGGAUGCCAUGCAAGGAUUUCUCAUCAACACUGAAGAAAGACGAAACAAGCUCCGUGAACUUUUAGCAGCAGAAGAAAAUGAGUAUUUUACUGAAAUGCAAUUGAAAGAAGAAACAAUUGAAGAGAGAAAAGAAAAAAUGAAAGUGAAAACCAGAUAUUUAAAGGAGAAGAAAGAAAAAGAGAGGCAAGAUUUUGUGGCUGAAAAGCUAGACCAGCAAUUCAGGGAACGCUGUGAGGAGUUCCGCACUCAGUUGCAGUCUCUCCACGAGAAGAGGGUGUGUGAGGAGCGGAAAGCACAGGUUGCGUUUAAUGAGGAGCUGAAAAGGCAAAAACUGGUGGAAGAGCAGAUGUUCUGUAAGCUCUGGGAGGAAGACCGGUUAGCCAAGGAAAGGCGGGGAGCUGAAGAGGCGGAGAGACAGAAAAAGCUAGAAGAGAACACGCGGCUGGGGCUGAAUGCCCAGGUCAUGGAAAUUAACGCGCGAAGGCAGGCGGCGCAGCAGCUGAAGGAAGAGGAGGCGCGCCUUGUGGAAAAUGACAGAGCUCAGGUGAAAUAUGAGGAUGAGCAGGAUAAGCUAAAGAAACAGAGGUCAAAACAGAAACUUAGGAACACUUUGCAAAAAGCCCUCCAAGAGAAGAUAGAGCGUCUUCAGCAGGAGCACAAAGAAGAAACGGACUUUCGCAUGAAACUCAUGCAAAUGGCCCAGAAAGACUUACAGGACGAGGCUGAUAAAAACAAGCAAAAAAAGGAAGAUAUGAUAAGAGAACAGAAGAUAUAUCGUGAAUAUUUGGCACAGCAGCGUGAGGAAGAAAAUGCUCAGGAGAAAGAAUUGGACAGACUAUUAGAAGAAGAGAAGGCAAAGAAGUGGGCAGAGAAGGACAAACAGCUGAAACUUGAAAAGGAGGCAAGGAAACAACUUAUGAAUGAGGUCAUGUGUACAAGAAAACUUCAAAUUCAAGAAAAGUUGCAACGAAAAGCGAAAGAACUGGAAGAACGUGCUUUGGAAGAACAGCACAUACUGGAAGGUCUUAAAGAACUUGACCGUGAAGAGGAGAAGAAUUUUGUAAGACGCUCUGGUUUAGCCCAGGAGUACCGGAAGCAGCUUAAGAUGCAAAUGUCCUACCAGCAGCAGGCCCGGGAAGCACAGAAGGAGGAGGAGCGCCGGGAGCUGGAAGUGGGGAGAGCAGGUGACAAGAUGUGCCAGGACAGGAUCCAGGAGCUCCUGUGCCACCCUCAGCUGCAGCUCCAUAACGUCCAUCCCAUGCGGAGGACGUGCCAUGCGAAGCUCCCACCAUAG